AUGGAUCAAUCUUUGUCAUAUACCUGCAAACGUUGUAAACACCCUUUAAAAAUAGAUGAAUCUCUUGCCGAUCUUAAUACAGCGUCGGUAGACCUUUUACUCGCUCCACUUCACACUCGUUUUUCAGAGACAUUAACAGACGAUCCAAAAAAAGUAUCAAAACGAGUUGUCAAUAAAGAUAAAGAAGUUGAUUUAAAUGGAAUUCAGAUCACAAAUGCACUCUCUGCACCUUCUUCGAUACCACGACCGCCACCUAAUGGAAUUCAUAAUAACAGGGAAUCAUUUUUAGCACCGACAGAAUCAUAUGUGAUGUUAUCACGUUCGCAAGUGUAUCCUACAACAAAUGAUCAAUUAUCAUCAGAAUUCGGUAAUAUAAACAUGAGUGUAGAUGAUAGACAAAGGACUAGUCUUAAUUAUCGACUUAAAGUUGCAAACCGUCUUUUUGAUAUCAUGUCAUCCAAGUCAGAAUUAAAUCAUCCUAUGUGUCACGAAUGUACGGAUUUACUUCUGGAUAGUUUAAGCAAACAAUUGACGGAUUCUUCUCGAGAACGAGAUUGUUACAUAGAUUUUUUAAAAAAAGUUAAUGUUAAUGUUAUAAGUGAUGAAGAAGAGAAAAAAUUGCAAAAGGAAAUUGAAGAGGCAAGUCAUUCAAAAGAAAUUGAACGAGAACGGGAAGAAAUGAAGAAGGAAUUAGCAGCAUUGGAAGAGGAGGCAGAAGAACUUGACAAACUUGAAGAAAGUUAUUGGCAAGAAUUCAAUGAUUUCCAUAUUCAGUUACAAACAUUCCAAAAUGAAAGAGAUAGUGUUAAUUUAAAAUAUGAUCAUGAUGCCAAACAAUUGGAAAAACUUCAGAAGACAAAUGUAUAUAAUGAUACAUUUUGUAUUGGGCAUGAUGGUCAUUUUGGUACAAUUAAUGGGUUUAGACUAGGUCGUUUACCAAACCAAAUGGUUGAUUGGAGCGAAAUUAAUGCAGCAUGGGGACAAACACUUUUAUUAUUAGCUACUAUUGCUAAUAAACUUAAUUUUACAUUCAAAACUUAUCGAUUAAUUCCUUUGGGAUCAUUUUCGAAAAUUGAAAAAAUCGAAGGCGAAAAAACAACUUAUGAAUUAUUAUUUCAAAAUCGACGUUUUGAUUUAUCGAUGGUGGCAUUUUUGAAUUGCUUGCAACAAUUGGGAGAUUAUGCGGAAAAACAAGAUCAUAACCUAAAGUUGCCAUAUCGAAUCAAUAAAGAUAAAAUUGGAGAUGCGUCGAUAAGAUUACAAUUUAACCAAGACGAGGCUUGGACAAAGGCUCUUAAAUAUACUUUAACAAAUACAAAAUGGAUUUUAGCAUAUGCCUCAUCAUCAAGUCACGAUUGGGGAAAACAUAAAUCAAGUUCAUUUCCUAGAUAA